UAAACUGAGCAUUUAUAAAGUCUUUUGGGUUUCGGCCUUUCUCUCCUUUCUGACCCAACGGUUUGCUGUGGUCCCAAAAGGAAUAUACAAGUGCUCAAAAGUAAAAAGACUAGGGGGAGCAAGAGCAUCCCAAAUUACCGUGUUUGUUUUUUAAGCAAAAAGGUGAAAAAGGAGGGUUGGACUCUCUGCGUGUGCAAUCCGGGACUCUACAAAAAGCUUUCUGGCGUAUAUUUGCUUGACAGCAGAUUUGAUAUUCGAGGUCUCUGUUGAGAGAACUUGUGGGCGUUCAGUAAGCUGUCAAGUAGGCGCUGCAGUAGCUUCUCAUUGACUGCGCGCAGCCUGUUGUUGCUGCCUUUGAGUGUAAGGCACUCUACAUCCCCUCUUGGCAUUUUUUGAUACGAGCCCCACCUGUGCCGUAUUCCUUUGGAGCCGCAAACUUUUCGGCAGCCCAAACAGCGGUGAACACUACAAAAGGCAUAUUUGGUCUGCUUCGCCGAGCGAGGUCGGUGCUGAGGCGUCUUUCCCUGCACUCUUUGUUUCUUUCGUCUUGGCCCCGUCCUUUUGGCCCUUUACCCAUUUUACACGCCAUGGAUCAUCGACGCGGUUGGGCUGCGGGACCCGUCGGUCACCAACCACGGUCGCAUCGGGGAGCUCUUCCCAACGGCACCGUUCACCUACACCAACGACCACCUUCAGAUCGACGGCAGCUCGCCGCUCGCACGCAUGCUCAAGCGCAACAAGCCACUACUGGGUCAUCACGCAAAAAGCAUUUCAAACCAUACAGAGCGAUUUCACCACGCCAUGAACAUUACCCGCAUGUUCCAACUGUCCGUCAUGCAGCUUCGGGAAAAAUUGGCACUCCGCUGAAUAUAGAUGGUACGGCAGAGAAAGGUCAAGCCAUGUCGCCGACGACCAACUUGCCUCUUUUGUCCCCAGUUGUGUCGCCCGACGACGCACAACGUCAACUGGAGUAUGUGUGUAGCCUGGUAUCAUGUUUGCAAACAUACAUGCAACCACAACAAGCUAUAAAUGCCACGAUACAGAAUCACCAAGUUCCAGGAGGGUUGGAUGGCCUUAUGGCACCGAUAACCCAGUCUACUCUUACACCAGCCGUUGAUGAGCAACCGGUGGUUCCAACUCCUGUUCCCACGUAUAUCGAGUUUUCCUCUCAAUCCCGACUUCCGCCCUAUUCACCAACUCUCAUAUUACCCGCACCAUAUAACACACCAUGUACAUUAACCUUGCACGAAGUCAGCACGAUAUCAUUCAACGAAACAUUUCUGCUAGCUUCUACAUUCCAAGUUCAAAAACCCCUCCCGCGUUCGUUUUUCAGCAGCUUUGGUCAACUUGGUCAUUACGGUAGCCAGCAUCGGCUUGUCUUCAAGUGGCCGGAACCAGAUAGUGACUUUUGGAAGGAUUUGGCCGGAUUGAGAAAGACUGUUCAUGUAAAUAUCAAGGAGAAGGGAACUGACAGGGAAUGGGAGAUGCACCUGAAGCCUUCACGAGACAAGUUGAAUAGAAAGAUCUUUGCUUACUUUAUACCGGCCGGUGCCAUUCGCAAGGCGCUACGGCAGCAGGUUGAUAAAAUGCUGUUCGAUCGCAAGCUCCCCCUCGUCCUUGACAUUGACGAUACUAUUCUCCGGGCUGUGGGCCCUGAGCCAAAAGCUUUACCACGAGAACAAGUACCAUUAAUUCCGGAAUCCCGUGUGGUAACCUUGCGUCGCGGAAUGCAAGUCGUACUCUCUUCGUCCGUCAUUGCUUUCCUUGAUUGGGCCAAGGAAAGAUUUGAAAUCAGCCUUUGUUCAAUAGGAGACCAAGAGUACGUCCAACAAGUCUGUGAGAUUCUGAACGACGUACCAGCCGGUUCUGCACUGCGUAUUACUGGAACGGCAUACUCUGCACGAAGCGAAUAUGAGCAUUUGAAACAAAUGCAGGGCAGGAAAUCUGCGGAACCAUCGUCACGAGACAAGGGCGCUCUCCCACCUCCAAAAGAUUUGGCUAGUCUGUAUGGAUUUUGGCACUUGUGGGAGGAGGAACAAAAGGGUGCGCUACCGAAGGAGGAGGGAGAAGGAUAUGGUUAUGGAUUCGGAUUGGAGCCGCUUAUUGUGGACGACAGUCGCAUGUCAUGGCGAAAGGAUCAGCACAGCCACCUAAUUGAAAUACGUCCAAAAGCACACUCAGCAUACAACAUCUGGGACGUUUCCUUCCAACCCGUCCAGGCUGCCCUCUCAAGCAUUCACGCAAUGUUCUUUGAUGAACUUGAUAAACUGCGAACAGGAAACUCGAUGUCAAAACCAAGUGUUGUGGAUUGUUUUGGGGAAUAUUGUAGAGGGAUAUUAAGCUCUAAGAUUGCCGAAGAGGUGUGAGGGUUUCUGAGCGAAGUUUAUAUACUGGCUGUUGAGAGGGCAGGAACCUCUUUUUUUUUCUGAGACCACUCGGUAAUCCAAGACUGAGUUGCAUAAUAAAUAUACCGAAUAUACCUGGGUCUGCAC